CUCCCAUUUAUCUCCCAUUUAUCUCCCAUCUCAUACUCUAACAAAGUAACUCACUGAGAAACACUAAAAAAUGCAAGUUCAAGUCGAUCCAAAUGAAGACACUGAAUGGAAUGAUAUCUUGAGAGAAAAGGGCAUAAUUCCCCAAAGACCAAAGUCUCCCACUGAAGACAUCGAAGAUGCAAUCGACCAAGCAAUAAAACAACAACAUCAAAACAGAUUGGAAAAUAAAACUCUAGACGAACUAGACGAAUUGGAAGAUAUUGAAGAUGACGCCUUCUUAAACUCCUACAAAAUAAAAAGAAUCAAUGAAUUAAACUCCCUACUAGUCUCAUCAAAUUUCGGUCAAGUCUACCACAUCUCAAGACCUGAAUACAAAUCUGAAAUAACUGAAUUGAAAAACGUCUGUGUUUUAGUCCAUUUGUCUCUUUCAUCAAAUUUGCAGUCAAGAAUAUUAUCAAAUUUAUUUGAAAAAAUUGCUCCAAUUUUUGCUGAAUUGAAAUUUGUUGAAAUCCUAGGUAAAAGAGCCAUUGAAAAUUAUCCAGAUUCAAAUUGUCCUACUUUACUAAUAUAUUAUAAUGGCGACGUCUUGAAACAAUACAUAACUUUAUUCGAAUUAGGUGGGAAUUCAACAAAUUUACAAGAUCUAGAAAAAGUAUUGGUCAACUUGAAGCUAGUUAAAGAAAACGAUAAGAGACUAUCAAUAAAUAAUAAUAGUGAUAUUGACGAUGACAACGACGAUGAUGAUAAUGAUGCUUAUAAUAGAAACCAUAAUGGAAAUACAAGACUGGGAAGAACAAAUAUUUCAUCUAAUCGAAAUAUCAGAUCAUCGAAAUACAAUUCAGAUUCAGAUUUUUCGGACUAUGAUUAAUCUUUCAUUUUAUUUAUCAUUUAACUAAGUUUAAUUAUAUAUUCAUUUUAUAUAAAAAAUACAAGACAUUUAAGAAAAAAUUAUUCGAAAAAACAACCUAACAAUGAAUAAAAAUAAAAUAAUUACAGAUAAUUUAGUUUAGUCAUACAGAAUCAUAAAUGCAGAAGGUAAAAGGAAAAAUAUCAAAUAAAAAAAUCUUCAAUUUAUAUUAUUGCUAUUCGUUUCUGGGGAUAAAUUGAAACCAUUAGUAUUGUUUCCAUUGUUAUCUUCUCUUCCAUUCUCGUUAUUUAAGUCAUUGGAACUGCUUCUAGAAGAAACAUUCAUAUUAUGAUUAUCAUCUCUCAUCUGAUUUAAUAUUGUCGGCUGAUAGUGGUUUAAAUGAAUAUGAUUACUAUUUUGUUGAUUUGAGGUCUGCUCAAAUGAACUGAUAUUUUUAAUUUUG